GGGGAAACGAAAAAAGAAAAAGAAAAAACAGAGGCGAUGGGAGUUCCCGCUCUAUUCCGCACUCGUCAGAGCGCCACGCGACCUCACGAGGAAGUGUUUGAGCCUGGUAUCUAGCUGCUUCUCUGGCUAUCUCUGAGUGUUCCAAGAAUGGUAAACUCCUCCAAGGACGACACAGCCACCAACGGCGAUUCUCCGCCCUCCAAUUCCAGCCUCUACUCCGAAGGCGAGAAGGUCCUUGCAUAUCAUGGCCCGCGCAUCUAUGAAGCCAAGGUUCAAAAAGUUGAGCUUAGGAAGAAGGAAUGGAGAUACUUUCUGCACUAUCUAGGCUGGAAUAAAAAUUGGGACGAAUGGGUAAGCGUAGAUCGGCUGAUGAAAUGUACUGAAGAGAACCGUUUGAAGCAGCAAGCCCUUGAGAAAGGGUAUGUAGAAAAGAGCUCAAAGUCUGGACGAUCUGCACAAGCAAAGCCAAAAAAUUUGAUCGAUGCAAGAGUGGAGAAAGAGGACCCCAAGAACAAUGCACCAAAGGGGAAGAAACGAAAGAAUGACUCAGCCACCAAGGACAAUCAAUCGGUAGAAAAAGUAAUCAAGAUUCAAAUACCUUCAACACUAAGAAAGCAACUUGUUGAUGAUUGGGAAUUUGUUACGCAGCAGGAUAAGCUAGUCAAACUUCCACGCUCACCUACAGUUGAUGAUAUUUUGACGAAAUACUUGGAAUACAGAUCCAAGAGGGAUGGCAUGAUUACCGACUCACUGGGAGAAGUCUUGAAAGGAAUACGUUGUUAUUUUGAUAAAGCAUUGCCUGUACUGCUCUUGUACAAUAAAGAGCGUGAACAGUAUCAUGAAUUAGUCGUAGAUAAUGUCUCUCCAUCGACUAUAUAUGGUGCAGAACAUCUGCUACGCCUCUUUGUUAAGUUGCCAGCGCUUUUGGCAUAUGUGAAUAUUGAAGAUGAAACACAGAUGCGGCUACACCAUAAGUUGCUCGACUUUCUGAAAUUUCUGCAGAAGAAUCAGAGUACUUUCUUUGUCUCGGCAUAUGAGGGCCUUAAACUUAAUGAGGGAAAGGGUAAGGGCAAGAAUGACUGACAGCGAAUCCUUAUCGCAUGGCAUGUACACCUUCAUGCUUGCAAUUCAUAGUCUGGCAGGGAGGUAGUAGAUUUCUGUGAUGCAUGCUGCCUUGGAUAGUCAAAUCAAUCCUCUUGUUGUAACUGUUCAAGCCGUAUUUCUUUCUUUCCUUUCUUUUCUUUCUUCCCUCUCUCUCUCUCUUGUUAAAGAAUAAUUUGUUCGUUUGUAAUUGAUAUUGGUUUGGUGCAUGCACUGUCCAUUUAAGAGUUCUACUUGAGUAGCUAAAUUGCUGUCCACUUUUUUAUUUUUAGAAAAGUAGUCCCAACUGCAAGCUUAUGACAAGUCGAAAUGAACGCUUAAACUGUAAUGAAAUCCAAUCAGAAGCUGUCUUGUGAAUUA